GGCAGCAGGAGAAGCCUUCCGAGCGGCUACUUAAUGCCGGUCCCCGGGCCGCUGGCGUUCAGACAGGCGCCGUCGGGCGUUGGGGGCGACGAGGAUUACUGGCUGGGCCCUCGAGCUGGGGGCAGAGAGCCGCGGUGGGGGUGGGCGGUAGGAGGAAUUUCUUCGAGAACCUUCCUUUGGCCCGGGCUGCGCUCUGAGCCAGGCACCACUUUCAGCUCGGAGGAGGCUACCCCCGCAUCGCGGGAUGGAAGCACGCUUCCGGGAGGCUGUGUAACUGAAGCCGCGGGAGUCAGCGGGCUGGAGAGCUCGGCGGCCACCCUCGGCUCGGCUCGUGGAUGUUGACCGCCCCCUCGGAGAGUCCCCGCAGAUAUGGCGGAGAGCUGGCUACGCGUCUCGGGAGCAGGGGCAUCGGAGGAGGCCGGACCGGAAGGCGGCCUGGAGGAGUCCGACGCCCUGGAUGACAGCCUGACCAGCCUGCAGUGGCUGCAGGAAUUCUCUAUUCUCAACGCCAAGGCCCCCGCCCUGCCUUCGGGGGGCACCGACCCCCACGGCUACCACCAGGUGCCAGGCUCGGCCGCGCCGGGGUCUCCCCUGGCGGCCGACCCCGCCUGCCUGGGGCAGCCGCACACGCCCGGCAAGCCCACGUCGUCGUGCACGUCGCGGAGCGCCCCCUCGGGGCUGCAGGCCCCGCCUCCCGACGACGUGGACUAUGCUACCAACCCGAACGUGAAGCCGCCCUACUCGUAUGCCACGCUCAUCUGCAUGGCCAUGCAGGCCAGCAAGGCCACCAAGAUCACCCUGUCGGCCAUCUACAAGUGGAUCACGGACAACUUCUGCUACUUCCGACACGCUGACCCCACCUGGCAGAACUCCAUCCGCCACAACCUGUCCCUGAACAAGUGCUUCAUCAAGGUGCCUCGGGAGAAGGACGAGCCAGGCAAGGGGGGCUUCUGGCGCAUCGACCCCCAGUACGCCGAGCGGCUGCUGAGUGGGGCCUUCAAGAAGCGGCGGCUGCCCCCAGUCCAAAUCCACCCAGCCUUUGCCCGCCAGGCCGCGCCCGAGCCCAGCGCCGCCCUGUGGGCCGGGCCACUGACCGUGAACACCGAGGCCCAGCAGCUGCUGCGCGAGUUCGAGGAGGCCACUGGGGAGGCGGGCUGGGGUGCGGGCGAGGGCAGGCUGGGGCAUAAGCGUAAACAGCCGCUGCCCAAGCGGGUGGCCAAGGUCCCGCGGCCCUCCAGCACCCUGCUGCUGACCCAGGAGGAGCAGGGCGAGCUGGAACCCCUCAAGGGCAACUUUGACUGGGAGGCCAUCUUCGACGCCGGCACGCUGGGCGGGGAGCUGGGCACGCUGGAGGCCUUGGAGCUGAGCCCGCCGCUGAGCCCCGCCUUGCACGGGGACGUGGACCUCACCGUCCACGGCCACCACAUCGACUGCCCUGUUACCUGGGGGCCUCCGGUGGAGCAGCCUACCAACAGCCUGGACUUUGACGAGACCUUCCUGGCCACAUCCUUCCUGCAGCACCCCUGGGACGAGAGCGGCAGUAGCUGCCUGCCCCCCGAGCCCCUCUUUGAGGCCGGGGAUGCCACCCUGGCCUCUGACCUGCAUGACUGGGCCAGCAUGGGCGCCUUCUUGUAAGAAGCCAGGCCCUGCCCCACCUCCAGACAGCGCCCAAGUCUGGGCCCAGACUGCCCCCCCACACACCAGUGCAGGCCCAUGGACACCCUACCGCCCAGGCAGGGGCUGGGCCCGGUCACCCCGUGAGGCCACACGGCCCCCAGCCCAGGCCAUCCUCAGAUUCUAGUCCAGCAGGCUGAGAAUUGGGGCCCAGAACCAAAAUUGCUGCCUCCGCUGCCCAGUCCCCCAUACACACAGUGUUUCAUUGAUCCACUUCUUCCCUGCCCCAAGGACACGCUAAGGGCCCUGCGCUAUGAGAGCUGCGGCUUGGAGGGGCCCUGGCCAAGCUGGAAGCAUCAGUACAGGUCCCGCCCCAGAGCAUCUCAGCUUCGAAGCUUCUCUCUCUCCUGCUCUCCUCCCCAGGUCUCUAUCCAGAGAAAGUUCCCAGGUACAACAAAUGCUGAUUAGGUGACUGCAAAUUAACGCCCUAGAGGCCUCUCCCGGCAGAGCUUCCCUGGGGCUGGGGCCGGCAGUAUGUGAGGCGCAGCUCCGGGGAGUGGGGAAGAGUGAGAAGACAGAAACGAGGCCGGGGUGCUGGGUGGAGCCAGGAGAUUUUCUAAGGCCUCUGGGGUCUUCUGGCUUCAUCCCUAGAGGUGGGGCAGAGGGUAUAUAUCCCUAAUCUUUGAGCCCAACGUGAGGCUGAGAGCAGCGGGGAGUUGGGGUUCUGGGGGUCAGGGGCUGGGGCAGCCAAGCUGCAGAGGGAAAGGGGACAGACAGACUAAUGUAGUGAGUGUAGCUAUAGCUGAGGCUUAACUGGGAGGGACGCAGUGCUUGCUAGAACUACCGGGACCAGGAAGCGGGGAUGGCCCUGUGCCCUUUCUUGCACUCCUGUGGGGGAGUAUCUUGCUCCACCCUAAGCCCCCUGGGCUGCAUUCCACAUCCACCCUCCUGCCCCAUUGGGCAAUUUAACCUUUUUCAUGGAAAGUUAUUUACAAUAAAAAAAUUUUUAAAAAUAAAGUUUUAAAAAAUCU